AUGCAAAUGCAGGUAAUGAUUGUACCAACUCCAUCUCAACCUGAGAUGUCUGGAAGGGUUGAAGCUGAAGUUGAUCCUCAAAUGCAUAUUGGUGUUGUUGAUAUUCUAGAUGAUGAAGCUAUAACUGAUCAACCCAUUCUAUACACUGGUGACGAAUCAGAGACUGAUGACAAUGAAGGGUUUCUUGAUGUUGGUUUCAUGCAACAACUUGUUGUUCCUAUUGUUCCCUUAAAUGUUGUCUACCUUGGUUCUUACUCUGAGGGGGCGAUUCCUCAAGAGGUUCCCCAAGGAACUGAUAGUGACAUUGACUCUGAAAAUGAUCAGCUUAAUCCUCGAAAAAGAAAGGCUUCCUUCUCAGGGGGAUCUAAUGUCACUGAAGCUGGAAGCUCUUCUUCUGUUGAUGCUGGUGACGAGAGUGCUAAUAUUGGUUACACAGAGUGGAGGCAAAUUCAAGAAAUUAUCGACUUACACAACGGUAUUCAUGCUCAUGAAUUGAAGUUGGCAAUUUCAAAGCUACUGAACAAAGUCAAGAAGUUGCACCUUGUGCUAUCAGCUGGUCCAUCUACACCAUCAUCCUCAGGAAGGACAUACGCUCCAAGAGAGUCCUAUAAUACCAAGUUUCUUCUUCCUUAUGUAACUUGGUAUAUCAACAAUGAAUUACCAGGGGAUGUUGAACCUGUCCGAUACAUGCUCAUUCCAGAACCAGAGCAUGGGAUAUUAUAUCAUGACAGUUAG